AUGACUGAAUAAAUAAUAGAUAAUAACGAUAAUAAAAAAUAUAAAAUAUUAAUGAAGAUGAAAGAAUCGAAAUUAUAUUGGAAAUUAAAAUCUUAAUUAUUAAAGGAACUUAAAUUAAAAUUACCUCAUGACUUAAUCAAUCUCUAAACCAUCCAACAAUAUUCCACUCAAAAUGGAAUAGAAGACCAAUUGAAGUCCCUAAUAAUGAAUUGUGCGAAUAAAAGUGUCAAAAUAGAGCCUAUUUAAUCCGAUUAAUACGAUUUUAUUAAUCAUUAAAAGCUAAAAUGGACUGAAUUGGUAUUAAAAAAUUAUGACUAUGUAUAUGAAAAAUACAACCAAUAAAAAGAUGUAGAAAAUGCGGAUUUAUUGUACAUAUAUGACGAGAAUAAUUUCCUUAAUUUUCUCUAAUAAAUAAGAAAUCCUUCAAUAAUUUAAAGCGUUUCUUAAGGAUUAAUUAAAGUUCAAUUUUAAUAAAAUAUAAAUAUAAACGAUUAUAAAAGAAAAUAUGAAUUAUUACUAUCUAAUGAUGUUAUUGAAAAUAGAAAUUCAUAAGAAUAUAAAAAUAGAGAAAAAAAAGCGAAAAAUCUUAUUGAUUCGGAAGCUUUAGCAAGUGAAAUUUAAUAAAUCGCAAAAGGAGGUUUUCCAAAUGGAGAAAGAGUGGAAUUAUAUUUAAGAUAUUUUGGAAUAGAAUCAAAUUCUUAUAAAGUAAAUAUAUAAAUACAUAUAUAUAUAUAUAUAUAUAUAUAUAUAUAUAUAUAUAUAUAUAUAUAUUAUUUUAUAUUAAACAAUUAUUCAUUAUUAAGUGAAUAAUAUUUUGUUUUUUAAGAAAUCGUUGAAAGAAUAACUUAAGCCUUUAUAAGAGAUAAUUAAGUUAAAGAAAAAAUAAAGAUUUUUUCUUAUGCUUUUCAUAAACUAAAUGAAUAAAAUUUAUAAAAAAUACCUUCUACAGUGUGUACUAUUCCAAUGAAACAUUUUUCUUUAUAUGUUGCACCUUUUGGUUAUUGUUCAAAUAAAGUCGAAAUUGUAUAUGGACUAUUUAAAGAAUUUUAUUGCAAUUUUUUCUGUUAUUUACAUACUAUUACUUCUUUAUAAAAUGGAAUUAUUAAUAUAUGUAAUGUUUUUGAGGAAUUAUUCUUUUUCCAAUGCCCAAAAUUAGCUGAACAUUUUGAUUCUAUAGGAAUUGAACCUUUAAGAAUUUGUUUUCCUUGGAUUUAUUAUUGUUUUAUAGGAUUUACAACAAUAGAAAACUUAUUUUUACUUUUCGAUAGAAUAAUUGGGUAUUAAAGUUUAGAUAUAUUGGCUUUAUAUUCAGUUGGUGUUUUUAGAUUAUAGUAAUAAUAAUUACUUAAAUGUAAAAAUCUAAAUGGAAUUAAUUAGAUUUUUAGUAAUAAUAUAAAAGAGUCUUUUAUUGAUUGUAUCAGAGCUGCUUUAUAAUGA